AUGAAAUUAGUAGUAUGGAAUGUUAGGGGUGCUAGUAAGAAUGACUUCAUUCCAUAUUCUUGGGAUAUUAUAAGUAACCAUAAACCUUCUAUCUUCAUUAUUCUGGAAUCCAAGAAUGAUGAGGAUAGAGCUCAAUCUGUGGCUAAGUUCUUGGGUUUUGACAAAGUCAUAGUGGUACCUGCUGAAGGACGAAGGGGGGGUGUGUGGAUGUUCUAUAACCCUAAUAUUGUUUCCCUUAUUACUCAUCAUGAAAAAACCCCAAGUUAUUUUCAUGCUCUCUUUAAGCUAAACCCUAACCAACCAGAAGUUCUUAUUGCUGGCAUUUAUGCUCCGAGUACUAGCACUAAAAGGCAUGAACUUUGGCAUGAAUUGCAAGCGUCGCUUCCUCCACCUUCUACCCCUUGGUUAGUCUUGGGUGACCUAAAUGAAGUCACUAAUCAAGCUGAGAAAUCUGGUGGUAGAGCUUUUAGGAGCAGUCAAUGCUCUCAACUUCAUUUGUUGGCUGAUGCUGCUUCUCUAGUUGAUCUGGGUUACAAUGGCAAUCCGUUCACUUGGAGUAAUGCAAGAGAGGGAUUGGAAUUGAUCCGGGAACGCUUAGACAAGGCACUUUCCAAUCCAAGUUGGUUGAACACUUACCCAAAUACUUAG